GCGAGGGAGGGGCGCGCCCGUCGGAGCCGCGGGGAGGGUGAGGAGGCGGCCGAGGAGGCGGGCCUGGAUCAUCGCCGAGAAGCUGCGAUGGAGGCGCGGGGGGAGCCGCAGUCGCCGGCAGCGGACCGGAUGAGCCAGGGGGACUCCAACCCGGCGGCGAUGCCCCACGCGGCGGAGGACGUGCAGGGGGACGACCGGUGGAUGUCCCAGCACAAUCGAUUUGUCUUGGACUGCAAGGACAAGGAGCCGGACGUGCUGUUCGUGGGGGACUCCAUGGUUCAGCUGUUACAGCAAUAUGAGAUAUGGCGAGAACUAUUUUCACCAUUACACGCACUGAAUUUUGGGAUUGGUGGAGACACUACAGGACAUGUUCUGUGGAGACUGAAGAACGGUGAACUGGAAAAUAUUAAGCCCAAGGUCAUUGUUGUUUGGGUUGGAACAAACAACCAUGAAAACACAGCAGAGGAAGUAGCUGGUGGAAUAGAGGCCAUUGUGAGACUGAUCAAUACACGGCAGCCCCAGGCUAAGAUUAUCGUACUGGGCCUGCUCCCUCGAGGCGAGAAGCCAAACCCCCUGCGGCAGAAGAACUCCAAGGUGAACCAGCUCUUGAAGACCUCCCUGCCAAAGCUGGCCAGUGUCCAGCUGCUGGAUGUGGAUGGAGGCUUUGUGCACUCGGAUGGCACCAUUUCAUGCCACGACAUGUUUGAUUUUCUGCACCUAACAGGUGCUGGCUACACCAAGAUCUGCAAACCCCUCCAUGAACUCAUCAUGCAGCUGCUGGAGGAAACCCCGGAAGAGAAGCAGGCCACUCUGGCCUGACAGCCCCCCCACCCCGCCCAGCUCCAUCAGCCCAGUUCUUUUUUCCGUGGCACUACUGAAUCCUCACUCAACGUGCUUUCCAUUAUUGAAUGUUACUGGGUGUUGUGUUUAGCACUGGAAGGGGAGGCGGAGGGUGGCGUGGCUAGUGUUGCGGCCUGUUGCUGGCCAAAGAAGUCCAGAGGCCACUUUGGUCACUUGGCCUGAACGGGUUUUUUCUAAGGGAAGCGGGAUCUUACGUCGUUUCUCACGCAUGGUGUGAGCAUGCUCGUCAGCAGCCUGCUGGCUCGUAUUCUGCUGUCACCGCCGUUCCUCCCUCCUCAAGUGUCUGGGCUGUCAACAGUGCUGAAAUGCCUGAGCCCAUUGGCUGCACUCACAUUCCACUCCCUGAACUGAAAAGUAGCUGCUGCUUUAAAAGUUGGAAUUGUUUGAAGAGUUUUUAUAUUUACUGGGUUUGGGUUUUUGUUUUAAGUGAUAUUAGCUGCUUUCUUGCUUUGGCAAAUGAGUGAACGAACCGGAACAGGAUACAGCUACAUGUGACAACUUGAUACAUGUGAACAAUUAUGUGUUGAGUGAGUGAA